AAGCACUCAAUUUAAGAGAGAGAGAGAGAGCGAGGAAAACAAACUCACCAAGCUGUCCAUUCCAACCCCGCGUUUACGCAGCUCGCACCUGCUUUGUUAUUAGUACUUAUUUUGUUCUUAAAAAAUAAAAUAAUUUUUUUUUUUAAUUUAAAAAAUAAAAAUAAUCAUAAUAAUAAUCUUCUCCAAGAUCUCAGCUUUCCCAAUUUCUUUCUUCUCCGAUAAGAUAAUUAGGGUUAAUUAGGAUCUGUCAGGAGGGGUAACCCCUCCAUUUCUAACGCCUUUCGAUUUACUCCCGGAUUGAUGCUUUUCUCCACUCCAAUUCUGCUUUGAACUCUCCCAUGGAGUCGAUCUGGAGCUACAAUGGCGCCCCAGAUGCUUGGCAUUCUCUGGUCGCCAUUUACUUCGCUUUCAGCUUCGUCGUCGCCAGGUUCUUCCUUGACAGAUUCAUCUUCCGCAGGCUGGCCUUCCGGUUGUUGAGCAAUGGAUCUGUUCCCUCAAAGAUAAAUGAGGGUAUGCAAGCAAAGAUUGCAAAAUGCUCGGAGUCUAUGUGGAAGUUAACAUACUAUGCCACUGUCGAAGCAUGCAUCCUCAAAAUUUCCUAUAAUGAACCAUGGUUCCGAGAUACAAAUGAGUUCUUUAGAGGCUGGCCAAAUCAGGAGCUAAAGCUUCCAUUAAAGCUCUUCUAUAUGUGCCAAUGUGGAUUCUACAUGUACAGUAUAGCCGCCCUUCUUGCGUGGGAGACUCGAAGGAAGGAUUUUGCAGUGAUGAUGUCUCAUCACGUAAUAACAGUUAUCCUGAUCGGGUUCUCAUAUUUUACAAGGUUUUUCCGGAUAGGAUCAAUGAUCCUUGCCCUGCAUGACGCAAGUGAUGUGUUUAUGGAAGCUGCCAAAGUUUUCAAGUAUUCAGAAAAGGAGCUUGGAGCAAGUGUGUUUUUUGGAUGUUUUGCUGUUUCGUGGCUCAUACUGCGGCUGAUAUAUUUUCCCUUUUGGAUCAUUAAAUCCUCAAGCUACGAUCUUUGCAAGUACUUGAAACUCUCAGAGGCGUUUCACAGAUUCAUGUACUACGUUUUCAAUACUAUGUUACUUAUGCUACUUGUCUUCCACAUAUACUGGUGGGUCCUCAUAUGCGCAAUGAUCCGUAGACAGCUGAAAAAUAGAGGAAAAGUUGGAGAAGAUAUUAGAUCUGAUUCAGAAGACGAUGAUUAAAAGAAAGAUUUUGUACUGGUAUUUCGUUUUUUGGUCCUUCCUUGGCAACCUUUACAAUGAAAGAUUUUGUUCUAAAGAAGUGGCUGUUGCGUGUAGGGAAGGAAGGGCUUUCAUUAUUAUUAAUUUUUUUUUAAUGAUUCUUGAGAUAGUCCUGAGAUGAUCAGAGAUAAACUUUUCGGUGUAUAAAUAAUAGGCAAUUCAUGUAUUUUUGUUCUGGAAUUACUGGUCAGUCAUAUGGGAAAUUCAAAUAUAUUGGAAUUAAUUCAUUUUUUGAAUGUAAACAUAUUUCUUUAGAUUUA